AUGGUAGAAACAAAACUUAAUGAUGCCGGUGCCACCACCUCCAUCGAAGAAAUUCAUCCUGACAUCCUUAUUCAAAUCAUGCGCCACCUCGACGGCUCAUCACUCGCUUCGGUGAAUUCUGCCACCUCUUACCUCCGUUCUAUCUCCUCCGAUCCUGACCUCUGGCGCCGCCUUUGCCUCUCCACAUGGCCAUCCCUCCAUCACCCUCACAUCCUCCCUCUCAUCAACUCCUCCCCCCACCGCUUCUUCUCCGACGCCUUUCCCUACCCCACCUCGUUCACACCAGCCAACUACUCAGACAUCCCAGAUAAACUCAUCUCUGCCGUCGAUCUCUACCAGCACGACAUCCCAAUAUCUUCCUUCGUUGUUGAGAGUGACACCUCCUACCCCACCCCUUUAAAUGUUCCCUUCGGAAUCAAAGGACUAGAUAUUAUAACGGACAUGUUGCCAGAAGAGCUAACAUUGAGUUGGAUUGUGAUAGACCCAACAAAGGGACGGGCGGUGAACUUAUCGAGCCGAAAGGCAUUGGUGGUGAGGCGACAUUAUUGGGGCUGGGAAGCGGUGGCACGAUUCACAUUGGCGAGAGAUGGUUGGGUAGUGGGAGUGCUGGGAAAAUGGUUGGAUGAAGGAUUGGGAUUGGUUGAGUUGGGUCUGUAUAUUUGGGACGAGGGUGGUGUGCCUGUGUACAAGAUGGAGGGAUUGAGAGUCGUGAUGGCAGCAAUGGAGGCGGAGAGAAAGGCGAUGGGAGAGAAAGAGGCGAAGGAAGGAUAUUUUGAGUAUUGCAAUAUGAAGAUAAAUGAAGAAGAGCUAAGACAAAAGAGGGGGUGGCUGGGGAUCUGA